GUUGUCAGAAAAGCAGUCUGAAAAAUUUUGUUUCUUAUUCUUAGUAGAACGUUUAUACAUAUUGUGUUUACAUUAAAAUAUAAUUGUGACAAUUGACAUUUUGCAAAUAUGUUACCUGUAUAUAUAUUAUCGAGGUACAAUAUAAGGCCUUUAAAUGGAGUUUAUCAAUGGCGAAAUAUUACUAUAAGAUUAUAUUCAUCAUCAUCAGAUUCAUCAUCAUCAGAUUCAUCAUCAUCUGAGUCUGAUUCUGAUUCGGAAAAAACCAAAUCGCCAAAAUAUGCUAAAAAUUCUGCAGCAUCAAAUAAUAAAAAUAAUUUAGGAAGUUUCUUGAACAAUAUGAUACAACAAACUGUACCUACAAAGAUGGCCGAAAAGACUAAAAUAGUUAAAGAUACUCGCUUAGAAAAUUCGGAAAUUAUAAAAACAGCAAAUGCACAAACUGACUUAACCGAGUAUGUAAAUAAUAUGAUAAAGGCGAGGAAAUUAGAGAAAACCAUUAAUAUUGCUAUACAACCUAAAAGGAAAUCUAAGGAUUCAUUGAAUGAAGUCAAACAUAUGUCGUAUGAAAAAAAAUUAAAAGAUGCAGCAGAAAAUGUAGCCAGUAUACUUGGUGGAGAUAAAAUAAGGACUACAUCGGAUUUGCUUCAAAAAGUUCUCACAUCUAGAGUAGAAACAUUGAGGAAAGAACAAUUGGCACAUACGAAUUUAGAGGAGAAAUCGCCAAAACAUGAAGAACAACAAACAAAUAACAGAUAUUCAGAAAAGAAAUCUAUAAUACAUACUCUACUCAAAGAAUAUAAUAAUAAUAAUAAUAAGCAACCAGUGGUUGAAAAUAGUAUAGCAAGACAAUUAUUAAACGAAAGCAAAACAUCUGCUAAACUAAAUAUUCAAAAUAAUGAUCUAAAAAGGUCACAUUUCAAACAAGACAUCAAUUUAUGGAAUGGACAGCCUAGCCAUAUUUUUGAAAAUAUAGGCGUCCCUUCGCAAGAUAUACCAGAAUUAAAAACUUGGACAGCAUUAGAACAAAGAGAGCUGAAAGCAUUGACGACUUAUCCACCUGCCAAUAUCUUUCAAGAAUUGAUUCUUUGGACAGAACAAGGAAAAUUAUGGAAAUUUCCCAUUGACAAUGAGCAAGAUAUGGAAGAGGAGCAGAAUGUUCAUUUUUCAGAACAUGUCUUUAUGGAACGUCACUUGAAAGAAUGGUGCCCUAAAUCAGGACCAGUACGUCAUUUUAUGGAAUUAGUAUGCACUGGACUUUCCAAAAAUCCGUAUUUGACUGUUGAAGAAAAAAUCAAUCAUAUUGUAUGGUAUAAAGAUUUUUUUGAGUCGAAACAAGAUUUAUUGCGACAGUUAGGAGCAAUUCAAGAACCAUUUUCUGAUAAAGCAAAAGAAAUUAACGAAUAAAGUAUAAUAUAAAUUCCAUAA